AGCAUUCAUAAAAAUAAAUUAGAUAUGGAAUCUAACACAACUGUUAAGCCAGGAGAAUCUAAGAUAAUGAACACCUAUGGUGAUGCUAGGACACUAGAUGCACAGGUGUUACAAGAUAUAGGAAUCAUAGUAAAUGAAGCAAAUGUAACAGAUAGUUCUAAGAACAAAGAUGUUGGAACCACUCCAGCUCAAAUAGGAUUCAGAUUUAUGGAAACUGAAGAGCUCUAUUAUGCUCUAUCUCCAAAUAACCUUAAAUUCGAAGAUACUGAGGGAGGAUUUAAUCUUCAAGGAAACACAGAGUUCUCUUCAGGCCAACAUACUUGGGAGUUGAUUUUCCCAACAGGAAUUAAUAGUGUAGAGUUUGGAGUAAAGUCCUCGAAGACUCUCAGGCCUUAUGUGAAGAAAUUUAAAACAACAACUCCAAGAUUUGCUGCAGUCACACUGAAUGUAGAGAAGAAGACUGUUAGCAUGAGACUGAACAAGGAUCCUUCAACUGACAAGACACUCUACUUGAACAGUGAGGGUCCUUUUGUCCCAUUUGUGACAACCCCUAAGCCAAAUAUCCCAGUGGUUUUGAACCCUUACCCAAGAAUUCAAGAUUUCCAGAAGGUGAUGGGCUCAAAAUUUGAAAAGAGACAAUAUCUGAAGCAAAAGUUAGAUAACGCCUUAGGUCUGAGUCAUCUGCCAAGAGGAUUUGGAGUCAAUAGCGACUCAGCAUUCCUAAGCAAAUUCAUGGACCUACCUGAAUCAGACAUUAAGAGUAUAUAUCUUCCAAAGGAUUCAUCCCACUUCCAAUACCUUAAAGGAUGGGCAGUGGUGACUCUUACUUCUGCUGAUGCCUACUCAAAAUGGGAGAAAAAGAAAGUUACUGCUGAGAAUAAGAAAAUAGCCACCCAUAGUACUGACGAUUUGAUCGAGUAUGCGAUCAAUACUUCUGUAAGAGAAAGCGCUAAAGGAGAGACCUUACAGAUGAUCGACUAUAUUAAUGAUAUCUGUAACCAAGACUCUGAUGAUGCUACUGAAGAGAAUGUUAAAGAAGCUUACUCUAAAUUCAUUUCUAAAAUGAAUACAUUGAUCGAAGAAAACUCUAUACAAGAGACACAUCUAGAAGGAUUAUCUGUAUACCCAGUGAGAGAUCAGAGCAAGCUCCUCGUUGUUACAUCUGAUGGAAAGGCCAAGCUAAUUAAUAAAGACAAGAAUAGUCCUAUUAAUUUGCAAGAUGGAUUGAGAACCCCUCAAGAUCACCAAGUUUUCACUCUUUCUAAAGAAGAGUUUACUACUUUAUUCUCUAAUCUUGGUGCAAAGCAGUUUGAAAACUUGCAUCCAGGAUUAAAACAAAUAUAUUUUUCAUUCUUUAAGUCUAUGGAAGAGACUGCUAAAAUAAGGAAAGGAGAUAUAGUGCAAUUCUCUUCUCCUGCUAAAGAAGCUAACAUUUUCUUGAACGAAAUGAUGUAUGAUGCCUCAAAAGAAAGAGUCAAAAGAUCUAGAAAAUUCUUAAAUCUCGAAGUCAUUGGAGUGAAUGACCCUCAUUCUAGAAUUCCUUCUUUAGAAUCAGAUAAGGAAGCUUUAGAUAUUUAUCAGGAUUGUGGCCUAAAGAUCCUUACUAAACUGAGUGAGCAACUUUGGUGCGGAACUCUGUCCCCUUAUGCUAGUAAAGAGUUGAAUAGCAUGAUGGCUUCAGUCUCAAGACCUUUCAGCCAUCUUGAAAGAUUAUCCACUUUCAUUGGAACUGAACAAUGCUUCCAAAAAUUGGCCAAAUAUGGUUAUAUUAAUAGAGAAGAUAAGGUAUUCUACAACGUAUUUGAUGAAAGAGAAAUCUCUGAGAUCUCUCAAAAGUGUAAUGACUUGUUAAAAGACACUCUAACACUGAAGAGGAACAUUAAUAUUCCACUAGAAGAGUCUCUGAGCUACCUUCCUCCAACAUUACUUGGUGAGGAUACCCAAAUAAUUGUUUCCCCUGUCUCAGAUUUUAUCUUCACCUUUUCCAAGACUGGAUCACUAACAGUCUACACAACAGGACUUGGGAUCACCAAAGUAGCUGAGAUUAACUUCGGUGAAGAGGAAAAAGAGAUCACUGGCUCUGUAGAAAACAAGAAAUACGCCUCUAGCUUAAUCACUUACGAAGUUAAUAAUGCAAGGGCAAGACUUGGAGUGAGCAAUAACAAUAAGCUGAAUCUCAUCAAAGAAAAUAGGGAUCCUCCUUCAGGUGGAGACCCCUCUAGCAAGUCUAAGCCUAAGAAGAAUUGUAGUAUUACUAUUAAGACUUCUCCAAAGAAAGUUAAUUAUGAUGAAGAGUCUUAUCCAACCACGAUGGCUGCUCUCUUCGGUGAUAAUGAUGAAUAUUAUGAAGAAUUUGAUGAAGAUCAAGAAAUCCCUGAAGUUGAUGAAGCAGCUGAAGAAGACUCUGAGAACAAAGAAGAGACCAAAAAGGAGACCGAAUGCGAAGAAAAGGUUGAAGAGCAAUCCUCUAAAAUCAUUAGCUAUACAAUCCAUGUUUCUGAAAAAUAUUUGACUUCUGAAUUCCAAGGAAUCGUGACUGUUAUUUUUGAAGAUAAAGGAAAACUGUAUGUCCAGUCGAAGAACCUUAUUGUUGACUUUGCAGUAAGUUACUUACAUAACGUUGAUUACUCAAAGUAUGCAAUUUCUACAAUGAGCAAGAAGAAGAUUCAGGAGGAUAUUACUUCUGAAAUUAUUACCAAGCAGAGGAGCAAUAUUGUCCACAUCGAUCCCUUCUACAACCAAGGAGGUAGAAAUAAAACCUCGCCUAUUAUCUGGACCUUAGGUAGAAAAAUAGAGUUGGAGAAUAUUAAGAGGAUUCUGUGCACGUCUAACUCUAUUCAUGGAUUAUCCAAUGAUUUCUCAGUCUAUGCCCUUGCUGAGAACAAUGACUCUAAAGUUGUUCUUAUAAAGAUCGAAAACCAUAUCUCUGGAGAAGGAGACUUUGUAGUCAAUAUCGGAAGUACAACUGAGACUGACCUCUCUGUCGAGGAAACUUAUAAGAUGUAUUAUAAGGACAAUAAGGUUGCUAUUGUGAGUGACUCCACAAUGGUCGUCUAUAAUUCACAAAAACUUGAUGAAAAGAAGCAAUCCAUCCUUGAUAAUCAGACCAAUGAAGUGAUAUUCUCAAUGCUUGACCUUAUCGAAUUUGAGCCUCAAGUUGAGGAAGAGAAGAAAGAUGUCAAAAAGGAAGAGAUUAAGGAUGAACAAAAAGUUAUUGAAGAACAACAAGACCUAACUGCUGAGCUGCUGAAAGAAGGAGACUGUGAUGUAAAAGAGCUAAAUCAACUUUUCUCAAGCAAACCAACUUCGAUAAUUACUCAUUCUACUAUUGAAGAUAGCAAUGUUGUAUUUGAAGAAAAGUUCUUGAAGCCAACUAAGAACUUCGAUAAAAUUGAUGUGAAUCUUUACUUUAACACUAAAGAGAACUUUGCUGAUGAGAAUAUUGAUACUCAGAAAGAUGUUGAAUACAAAUCUAAACAAUCAAAUAUGACAUACAGUGACCAAGCGAACUUAAGUCUUAAGAUUGAAUCUUUCACAGGAAACUGUAUUAAUCCAACUUUCCACCCAUCAAGAUUGUUAGAUGAUGACUAUAGCACUCAGUCAUAUAUUUCAAAUUAUCCUAAGCCAACUGUUAUCUUUAGCCAGAGUCAGGACUCUGAGUUUCUUCCAAUGCAAUUCACAGUGUCUAGCAAAUUCCACCGUGCGAAGGCUUCCUCAGAUUCUUACCCUGUUGGCGCAGGACUUAUCUUCUGUGCAAACUCUGUGGAGCAAUUUACUAAUGUGAAGAAAUAUCUUACUAUCCAAACCAGAGCUCAGUACGAGAGAUGGCAAGAGAACAGAGCAAAGGUUAAUCUCCCUCUUGGAGAGAACGAGCCAGUUGCCUUCUUUGAACUGGGAAGUGAGAGAGAAGUCACAGUCAAUUUUGACCAGAAGAGACUAAGCAAGUAUAUCCUACUUCUUCCCACUGAUUUCAGAAAGAAACCGAUCAAGUUUACUAGAAAGUUCUAUUCACACAGUUGUGAAAUAGAAAGUUUCAAAGUUGUAGGAAGGGUUGCUACUGGUAUUAAAGCCUUGAACCAAGAUGCUUAUGACCUCCAGAUUAAUGACAAAAGGCUUGAUACCCUUGUUAAGGCAGAUAUUGAGGUAAAUAAAGGUGGCAAUUGGUCUAAGCUGAUUUCCAUUGAUAAAAUCCAAGUCACUCACAUAGAAUCUAAUUCUAAGAGAUACUGCAUCUCUCUUUUAGACAGGAUUAAAUCUAGCGUUACUUGUUCAUAUUCUGAUUCAAUUGAUUUAUCAGUUGUCAAAGAGGGAAUUAAAGGAAUCCGAGUAGUUCUAGAUACUAACUCACAUGCAGAAGAAUCCUUCUGGAAGUUUAUGGAAGGCCACCUUGUUCUAUACUCUUAUCCAUCAGAAAUCGAAUUCAAAUCUAAAGGUAUGAAGAGGAUUAGUCAAGACUCUAUUCAAAAGAUCUAUUAUGAUCCACAACUUCUGAAGGAGCAUGCAAGGAAAUUGCUAGAUAUUAUAAACAACAAGGAGGAGCUUGAGCAUAUUAGGACUUGACUUUUAAGCCAUCUGAAUAGCCUCACCUCUCCAAUUAUAACUGAAGUUCUUAAGGAACACUUUGACUAUAAGCUUUACCUUGAAGAUCCUGACCUAUUCACAUUUUCUGAUGAAUUCAAGACAACUAUCUUAAAAACAGUUAAUAAGAUAGGGCUGAGCUCCCAAGAUUCAGAGGAUAGGUCUUUCUUUGAUUACACCAAAAACAUCAUCGAGAGUAUUCAAGACAAGGGAGUUCCUAACUUUGACAUUAAUACUAUCAGAAUGGUCUACCUAUUGAACAAGGAGUGCAGCAAGGAGGCAUUCCAAAAGAACUACGAAUUGCUAUCCAAAUUCAUUUUCCAGAAGGCAUUGCCAGAACUUGAAAAUUCAGAUGAUUAUGUGAGUUUCUUUGGAAACUUUCAUGCACCGACGGAGAGACACAUCACCUCAAAUGUUUUACUAAGGAGGUCUAAGAAGCACUAUGAGCUCACUACUGCAUUCACAAAUAGCCACUCAAUUGAUAGCAUUAAGCUGCUCUUUGAUGAGGAAUGUCAGGAUCUGCUAUAUCAGCUAGACAUCUCUGUGUUUGAAGUUGAUGAACACAACAAUGAAAAGCUAGUCUACACAAAACAUUAUGGAGAUGAUGUAUACCAACUCUGAACUAGGAAGAGAGAGCCUGAUGAGCAACCAGACUCUAUUAUAAUCAAUUUGAAAGAUAUUGAUACUGUUGCUAGUUAUUAUAGGAUCAAAAUUGACCAUAUUCCGAUCAAUUUCUCUAAGCAAAGUGCUGAAAGAGAUCCAUUAAACGCAAUAAUUCCAUUAUAUUAUGGUAAAGACACUGGAGUGAAUACUGUCACUAAUUCUGAAUAUGAGAAGAGCAAAUCUGUUGUCAAGCAAAAUUCCAACAAACUUGAAGAAAUUCUUACUUUCGGUGACCUAGAUUUUGUAUGCUAUGAAAAGGAAACUGCUUUCUUCAAAGAAAGAGUAUUUACAAAGAAAAUCCUAAAGACUCUUGAGGAGCCUGAGCUCUCACAGAAGUCCCUACUUGAGAAGAGGAAGGAGCAAAUUAAACUAAUCCAGACUAAGGAAUACGAAAAAGCAAAGGCAUUAACUUCAGAUAUCAAGAAUAUCAAGACUAAGGCAAGAAAUAAGCAAGCAAAGUUCAAUAACAUGACUCUUCCUGAAGUCUUAAUCCUCUCUUCUGAAGUAAUGAAUUACCUUGCCUCAGAUGAGAUGAAUAAGGAUGGGUCUGACUUUGGUAUUGAACAUCUAUCUGAGCAGGAGCAGUAUGAACUCCUCAAGAACAUCCUUGAGUGGUUCUUGCUGCCCAAAGAGAAGGUUAGCAAGGUAAUUAGCCUUAAAUCUGCUCAAAAGAUUAGCAGUAUUAUACUAAGAAAGCUCAAGAAUGCUAAUAGUAUCUUCUUUGACCUGAUUGAGAAAUUGGUGAAGAGAAAAUCCCAGAACCAUAAAAGAAUAUUCUCGACAGUUGAAGUAUUCAUCAAAGAUAUGAAGGUAACAGAGAUACUAAACGAACUGCUCAGAAGACUAGGAAUCGCCACAAAGAUUAAUGAGUCCAACAUCGACUCUUCAGAGAAGUUGAAAGCCUUAUGCAAAGCUACUCCUAGAAUGGGAAAGGAUAAAAUGUGGAUCAUUGUAGGUACCCUACAGAUUAUCUCAAAAAGACUUCAGAAAAUUGGAAAAGACGAAAGAUCUGCCUGCCUUUUAAACCUUGUGCACCUUGGUACUCUAAGAUUUAAUGCGAAGCAGAGAGAGCAUACCUGCUACUACAAGUUAUUACUCAGUCUGAUUAAAGAAUGCUCCAAAGAUGCUUCAUUUGAUGACUUAUUGAUAGAUGCAAACCUUCCUGUAAAGUUCUGGUUUAAUAUCUUAACCUUGUCAACAGAUCCUGAACUGUAUAGUAUCAAUCUUAAAUUCAUUGAGAAAGUUCUUCUCGAUAGUGUAUUGAACAAGAAGAAAGCUCAUGAUAUCGUUCAUAAGAUUCUAGUUUGGUUCUCAGAAUUCAAUAAGGAUAACAAAGAAGGGUUCAGCUCCCUCAAAGGAACUAUUUUUGAAGGAAUUUAUGAUGAAGAUCCAGAGCUGUUCUCAUCUCAUUAUUGUCAGUCUAUCGACCUGUUCUUAGCAUCUUUCAGGACUGACUCCAAUGAUUCUGACUCAAGCAAGUUGGUUUCUAAUAUAUUCAACAGCAUUAUGUCUGCCCUCAACAAGCCAUCGAAAUCUCCUUCUUACGCAAAGAUUUGGAAUGAGUUGUUCAAGUGUCUGGCCAUUAUCGGAACAAAUGAUGAAAAUGUUGAUAAAUUUGUUAGCACAUUUGUGUCACUCCCAGGAGAUAUUAGGGAUAACUUGUAUACUCACUUCUCAAUGGAUAACAUCAGUUUGGACUCAACAAAGCAAAGCAGUCAAAGGAAGCUCACUGUUAAGAUUGUGUACAAGUUAUUAAGGAGUUUCUUCAAGUACGGACUACAAGAUCAGACUUCUAAAGAAGACCUAUUGAGGACUUACACUAUUUGUAAUGACAUGAUCUGCAUUCUAGCAACUAAGGAGCCGAACAGUGUGAAUCAGUCGAAGGCGAAGACUCCUGUGCAGCUCACAAAGGAAGAGUAUAUUGACACUCUGCACAUGUUCUCUGAGUAUCUAAAUUGCUACCUUAACAAAGGAGUUUAUACACAUAUGGCAGGAGCUGAUUAUGCUAUCUUGGCAAGAAUUAAGAUGGGGGUUCACCUAGCAUACCUUGUCUACAACUCUGAGUUGAAAGGAAAGAAAUACUAUGAUCUUUACAUGAAUGAAUUUGAUGACAUUUCUACUGAAAAUAAAUCAGCUAUCUUGGAGAAACUAGUAAUUUGGUUACUUCUUAAUAACCCAAACAAUAAGAGCAAGGGGGAUACCUGCUCAAAUCAACUUGCAAGAAUCACCAAGUUGAUCACAGAAAACCUGACCACAAACAAAGCCCUCAUUCUUGCUUUGCUGCCGAAUGUUAUGAAAGAAGUAAUUAAGUUCGACAAUAUGAUCUUGUCUAACUGCCACAAGUUAGGCAUUGAGACUUGUUCAUCUCUACAGAAUAACAGCAACUCCAUAAUCAGCCAACUGUUCGGAGUCUGCCUGCAAGACAAAGAGUUGUUCAAUGACUUCUUAGUGAAGAUGAAAGGCUUUGACUUCUUGCUUCAAAGACUCUUCUCCAAGCAGCCUGUUCAGGGCCAAGCCUCUGAGGAAGAAAGCAAAGAGGAUCCUGAAGAAGAACGCAUUGUGACUGAGACAACUCCUGAGCAAGCCGAGCAAGAUGACUCCUUGGAGGACUUGUUUGAUAAAGAAGAGCCCAAGAAGAUUGAAGAGACUAGCCAAAGCGACAGUAAAGCCAAUAAACCAGAAAGCAAAGGCAUUGAGAAAGUCAACCUGACUGAUGCCGGUAAAACUAUGAAGCUGAUAGAGUCUUCUCUUGGAAGUGAGAAUACCUCCCAAGACUGGUGCAUGUACAAGAACGGACAGCGUAACAGAGUAGUCAUGAAGCAAAUUGACAAGCAGUCCAGAAGUGACUUCAUCAUGAAGUUUGAACUUACUGAUGUGAUGGAAGUCAGUGAUAUUGAAAUGGGGCUUAUCUACUACUGGGGCAACUAUGACCAAGACACUCAUUAUGAACCAAUGAAUGUGCUCUGUGAAGGAGGAAUGACCAAGAACCAGAUUGACUGGUGUGUCCCUCUCAGACUUGCUGACGAUGGUGGGUAUAAGCAAUCUGCUGUAAACAUUUAUGGUUCGAACUUUGCUAAUUUUAAAUCAAUGAACUAUGAUGUUGAUAAAUACAACAAAAAUCCUUCUUCUGUAAUUGAAGCUAAAAUCAAGGAUAAAGCUGAAGUCUAUAAAGCUAAAUACUUGACUUUCAGACUGAGAAGGCCUGAGAUAAGUUGCUUGGAAUCCUCAAUGUUUUCUUCAAUACUGACAAAGACAAUGUCAUAUGGGUUCACGUUCUUCUCUGCUCAAGGAAUCUACCCAGAUAAUUACCUUCCUUUGAAGAGUGCUUUGAUUGAUACACAGAAAGAGAAUACUCUUGAAAUUCUAUCGAAAUGUUGCUCUGGAAAUGUUUCUGAUGUUUUCUCAGUGAUUGCACAGGAUAAAGCCGUUAUUAACGACUUCAAGAACUCUAUUGGGAAGCUGCUCAAACUUCUAAAUCAAAAGGAAUACCUUAUUAAACCAAUCCUGAUAGCAUUGUGUUCAAAGAACUCCGAGAUGUCUGACUGGAUCAUUGAUAGAUUCCUCGAUCUUGACUCAAACCAGAAGCAGAUUAACCUUAUUGGAGAAAUCAUUAAGAAGGAUCCUUCAACAUCUUCAAAGAGGAUCAGCAAAAUCUUGUCGUUUAUUUUAGAAAGUGCCGCUGACUCAAACGUGAAGUCCACUGAAGAGUUGAAAGACUUGCUUGAAAUAACUUCUUUCUUCCACAACAUGACUGAAGGAGUACAAAUACAAUAUAGCAUAGAGUCAAUAGAGACACUCAUUGAGAAGAGUCAUGACAGCCCUGAUGAGAUCCAAGAGCUCACUCUCUCUUUCGUGUUGUUUCUGAUUGGGUUAAGAAGGCCUUUGAAUAAUGGCAAAGAAAUGACAUCCCAAGACAUUAUUGAAUAUCUGUUGAACUCUCAAAAUGACUCUGAAGAAAGGAAGAAUUCUAAGCUCAGACUUGCAUCUACUCUGUGUGCAUCUUCUAAGGAUUUAUCCAAAAUCAUUAUUGACAAAGAAGAGUUGCUCACUUCAUUCCUGCAAUUAGAGACUGCUGAUCUGAGUCAAUGGAAGCAUAAAGCGAGGUUCUGGUACUAUUGAGCACAAGAAAAGACAAUCAGGGAUUAUUUGGUGCAAAAGAAUGUUGGCCCAACCAUUUUCUCCAAGUACAGAAAAUACUUCGGCCCUGCCAUUGAAGAUAAUAACUCUGACAAAGAGCUAAAUGAUAUAAUGGUGAGUCUUCUUUCUAAGGUAACUGCUGGAUAUGAUAAAGUUGAAACUGAGAUGGCCUCUACUCUCAAGGAGGACCUUACAAUCGCAUGCGAGAAUGACAGAAUUGAUUAUCUCAACUCGAUUGUAGUUCCAUUGCUGCAUGCUGAAGAGACAAUUCCAGUUACUCUGUCUGUCGUAGAUAAAGUUGGCGAUAAAAUGGUGUAUCAUCCGAUCUAUCACAAACUUGAAGACUCUUCUGCUGAAAACAAGUUCCUCUUUAAGUCUGAAUGUCUCUCAACUUCUCAAGAGACUUGCUUGAUGCGAAUGUUUAAAGAACAUGUUUCUGAGAAUCAUGACAGUUAUGACAAACUUCUCAACAAGAAGUGGACUCUAAUCUCAGAAGAUACUUCUCCUAAGAAGGGAGAUUUUAAGAAGAUUGCUGACAAAAUAUCUGAAAAGAGCAACACUUUGCACUUGGUAAAAUGCACGAUCAAUGGAGAAUCUGCUAUCUUUGGAGGUUAUUGUGCAAGCCAAUUCCCAUCACUAACGACUCUACAGGCAGACUACAAUUAUGAGUUGCCCCACCAUGAAUCUAACUUUGUGUUCUAUUAUAAAGGUGAUAUGGAAAACCACUUUGUGAUGACCAACAACAAGCCAUUCGGAUACAUUUACACAGAUUACGAACUUGGAGGAGUCAUCAGUAUUUCAGGCGACUUUGUGCUUUGCUCGUGGAGUAUCAACUACUCCCACACUGCAGGCAAUAUCUACAAUAUGAAGUGUAUCGAGCAGCCUGGCUUUGCUUCCUUCUACAACAAUAUUAAUGUGGAAAGGUAUGAAUGCUGGCAUGUUGACCUUGCAAAUCCUUCUCUGUCUGGAUUAAAUAAUGACAAGUAUGCUUACCACCAUAUUCCGUUCUACAAGUCACUGUCUCUAUACAACUUGCUCACAAAUAACGUUGUAUUCCACAUCCCAAAGCACAUGAAAGCAAAGGUAUUGUCUUGUGAACUCUUUGGAAGGAAACAUCCUCUGAGUGUGAAGACCAAUGGAGAAGUUGACCUGGAACACACAAUCGGAGAGAUUUUCGAGAAGCAUCCAGACUCAACCAACCUCAACAUCUUCGAGCUGUGCUAUCACAGACCUGACACUGAUGCCGAUCUUAGCAAGGAAGAGGCCAAGGAAGUUGAAGACAUUUUAGAAGGAUAUUCCACCAAAUAUACUCGCAGAUCUACGCCAUGUUCAGGAACUGCAUCUACUUCUGAAGGAGCAGCAGGUCCAUCAAGUUCUGAACAACAACCUGAAGGCCGCUCAUCUAAAGCUCAGGCGACAUACCCAGUUCUUGAAAAGUUUGAUGGGGCUUCUGAACUCGUCAAAGCUUGCAUGAAGGCUGUCAGAAAUUGGACACAAAAGGAUCUCAGAGAGGCUUGGCAUCAAUACCUGAAAGAAGUCGAAUCAUUCAUCUCGUUCCCAGGAUUCUUUGCAAAGCUGACUUCUGAUAAAAAGAACAGCACUUUAUUCUUCGAUAUCUUGUCUGGGGUGCCAGAGAGUGAGACCAAAGAAGCCUUAAAGAAAAGACAGAAAGAAAUCGAGAAGAAGACUCAGUACCAGUACAACUACAAAGCUCCUGAGUUCGAAAACCCUUGGAUCGACAGACAGCUGGAGAUGGUCAAGCAGACCUACAAUGUCGUCCAGAGAAUUUUCUGUGAAGAAGACAACAGUGAUGGACUCCGUGAGAAAUGUCUUCAGAACGGCACUAUCAUCACUUUCAUCGAACGGAUCGGAAUCUUGACAAGUGAGUUCUCCAGAGUAAAGGUUGAGCCUGACGAAUACAACAGCGACAGUGAAGAAGAGUCCAUUGUCACGGAGAAAAAGAAACAGCAGAGAGACAAAAACAGAAAAGGUGUUGGCUACACUACUGAUGUUGGGCAAGAAUGGAAUGUCAACUCUUAUCUCAAAAAGAAAGAAAGCAAAAACAGUCAGAUCACAGACAUCAUUGGAAUUCUCAAAGGAGUCAUUCAGAGCGAAGAACUUUCUGUGAAGUACAACCUUAGACAAAUGAUACUUGAGAGUGCUCUGCUGCCUGUUCUUGAAAACGCACUUAGGUCUGGCUCAGUCUUGGAGAUGGCAAAGGAAGCAGAGUUGUUCAACUCUUACCUCGACUUUAUCACAACUGUGUGCGAAAACAAAGAGUUAAGGUUUAUUCUCAUGGAUAUUGGCAAGGAUUAUGAGCCAAGGCAACUUGAGCCAAUCCAUGCACUUCUUGACAAGCUCACUGGACUUGCUGACAUUUUCCUCAAAGCCUUGUCAACUGAGAAGGAAAAGAGCAAUAAGAGCAAAGGCAAGAGUGGUGAAGAGUCCGAGGGGUCCAAGGCAUUAGCAGAAAGAAUUCGUAAGACCAAUGAAAUUGUCAAGAAAACAGUCUCUGAUGCACUCAAAACAGAUGAGGAUUCGAUCCAAGAUAUCUUGAAACUGCCUCUGAAUGAGAAAUACAAGAAGCUGUUGUCUCCUCUUAGAUUUUGAUACAUGGAUAUGAAGAGUGCUCCAAGUUCUCCCUCCUACACCCAUUACUUCAGUUACAAUAUUUCUCAGGAUACGUCAAUUGAGAAUGCUAAAGUUGUCAGGCUUGCACAGGAGGUUGCUGAUCUGUCGAACUCACUGCCAAAUGAACACACCAACGCCAUCUUUGUGAGGGUCGAUGAGAGCAGAGUCGAUGUUAUGAAAGCCGUUAUUUGUGGAGCUUCAAGCACUCCAUAUGCACAUGGGUGCUUCGAAUUUGACUUGUACUUUGACCCAAGGUACCCUAGCACUCCUCCUAAAUGCCAGCUGGUGACUACAGGAAGUGGAGCUGUGAGGUUCAACCCAAAUCUGUAUGCAGAUGGCAAAGUCUGUCUCUCUUUGCUGGGAACCUGGAGAGGAAGUUCAACCGAGAACUGGGACGCUAAAUUCUCAACUAUUCUGCAAGUGCUCAUGUCUAUCCAAGCCAUUAUAAUGAGCGAAGAAGUAUAUUACAACGAACCAGGCUACGAGCAUGAAGCCGGAACCACAGAAGGAGAAGCAAAGAAUGAAGCUUACUCAAACAUUGUCAGAUACUGCAAUAUCCAAUAUGCUAUGAUCGACCAAAUGACAAAGCCCUCUAAAGGCUUCGAGGAAGCUAUCAGAAAGCACUUCUUCAUCAAGAGAGAUGAGGUCAUGGACGAAGUUAAAGAGUGGCUCGAACUUGCUUCACAGAACAAAGCAAGUUAUGCAUCCUUAGUAGAAUGCCAUAAUCACAGUUGGUGCACCAAGUUCAAGGAAGAGAACAGGUAUAAAGAAAUGCUGGAAGAGGCUAUCACCAAACUUGAGGAGGCUUUCAAAGGACUCAAAGAGCCAUCUCUUCAGCAUGAAAUAACCUCAUCUGAAGAUAAAGAAGAAUCGAUUAUGACAGACAACAAGAAACCAAUAGCUGCUGACAAGAAGACUGGAGGCAUCAAGGCAACCGAAGAGGACAACAAGUUGCUGCAGGAAGUCGAUGUGGAAGAUGACCAGGAAGAAACCAAAGCCAAGGGAAUCGACAUUGCCGAUGAAGCAGUCAAAGAUCGGUGGAGUCGGUACAUCGGGGCCAUGGGUAUUGACGCUGUUGCUAAGCAAGCAAGCGCCAGAAUCUUGAUAUCUGGACUUGGAGGAGUUGGUGCAGAAAUUGCUAAGAAUCUUGUGCUGGCCGGUUGUAAAGAACUGACUCUCAAUGACUCACAACCUGCAACUUUCAGAGACCUCAGCAGUAACUUCAUCCUUUCUGAAAAAGAUGUGGGCACCAACAGAGCUGUUGCUUGUCAGAAGAAGGUUCAGCAACUCAACUAUUAUGUCAAGGUUUCUGUGUCAGAAGACGAUCUGAGCAAAGAGGAAUCCCAAGAAGCUGCUGGAAUUAAGGACUAUGAUGUCGUUAUAAUGACUGAAGCCAGUCUUGAUUCUCAGAUCCUUGUUGAUAAUUAUUGCAGAGAACACAACACUAAGUUCAUCUCGGCCGACGUAAACGGCGUCUUCUGUCGGAUCUUCAACGACUUCGGAGAUGAAUUCGAAGUUAUCGACAAAAAUGGAGAAGAAACUAAAGAACUUAUGAUCAAAGAAAUCACUAAUGACAAAGAAGGAUUAGUGACUCUUCAAGAAGGAUUCAACCACUCUUUCGAAGACGGAGAUGAAGUUUUGAUUGAGAAAGUCGAUGGAAUGAAAGAUAAAGAAGGCAAGUCUAUCAACGGGACUAUUCAUAAGGUAGUCACUGUAACUCCAACUAGCUUCAAGAUUGGAGAUACUUCUGGAUUCUCUGAAUAUGAGCAUAGUGGGUUGGCGAAGCAGCUGAAAACCAAGCUGAAAAUGAGCUUUAAGCCAUUAGAAGCAAUUGGAUUGACAGAGGCUCCUCACGAUCAAAAUCUGCUAAUGUCUGACUUUGAGAAGAUGAAGCAUCACGACUUCAGUCAUUACUGCUACUACACAGUGGACGAGAUCAAGAAAGAUGGAAAAUACAACACCAUCAAAGACUGGAAUAACAAGAGCUUCCAAGAGUUUGGAGACAUCUUCGAAGACAAACUUAAGAGCAAACUGCCUGAAGAAACUUGGAAAGAAUGCAUUGAAGACAAACACUUUAUUAGGUUCUCUUCAACCUACUGCGUUGUGAAUCACGGAACAUUCAACCCAUUGUGUGCCUUCGUUGGAGGAGUGGCUUCUCAGGAAGCAGUCAAAGCAAUCACCAGCAAGUUUGUGCCUAUAGACCAGUUGUUCUACUAUGAUGCCAUUGAGGUAACCCCAGAGUUCCAUGUCCACUCAAAGGAGUCUUUCGAAGGAGACAUGGAGAAGCUAGGGUUCUUCAACAACCCAGAAGACAGGUACACUGGCUUGAGAGCCUGCAUUGGCAACGACCUGCUCGAGAAGAUCAAAGAGGCCAACCUGUUUAUGGUCGGAGCAGGAGCCAUCGGCUGUGAGCUGCUGAAGAAUUACGCGAUGCUAGGGGCUGGAGCUGGCGAUGAUGGGUCUAUUUUGGUCACUGAUCCGGAUAUCAUUGAAGUUAGUAACCUUAACAGGCAGUUCUUGUUUAGAGAGAAACAUUUAAGAAAACCAAAAUCCGUCACAGCUGCAGCUGCUGCAAUUCAUAUGAAUCCAGAUAUGAGUGGCAAGAUUAUUGCAAGACUUGACAAGAUCCAUAAAGGAACUGAGGACACCUACUCGCAAGACUUCUACAAAUCUCUGAGUAUUGUGACCAAUGCUCUUGAUAACGUUGCAGCAAGACGAUACAUUGAUGGGCAAUGUGUCAAAGCAAGAGUCCCAAUGAUUGAUUCAGGAACUCUAGGACCCAAGGGGCACAUCCAAGUAGUCUUGCCUGACCAGACUGAUAGUUAUGGAAGCACCAAUGAUGCUGAAGAUGGCAAUGAGAUUCCUCACUGCACACUGAAGAUGUUCCCUGAGCAAACCCUCCAUUGUGUUGAGUGGGCCAGAGACUUGUUCAGUCAGCUAUUCAACCAAAGUGCGAAGAGCUACAACAAGAUCAUUGAAGAUGAACAGCUAAUCGACAUUGGGGAUAGCGAGCAAAUGAAGAUUCUUAAAGAGGCACUCUCUCUGAUCGAAGACAGACCAACAGACUUCAAGGCUUGUCUGAGAUGGGCCAGACUCAAGUUCAACCAGUACUUCGUUAUUGACAUUAAGCAGUUAUUGCAUGCUUACCCUCUGGAUCACAAGACUAAGGAAGGAAAGCCUUUCUGGUCCUUGCCAAAGAGAGCGCCAGAGGUAUUAAAGUUUAGCCCUGAGGAUGAACUGCAUGCUAGGCUUAUUGCUGCGGCUGCUUGUUUGAGAGCCACUGUAUUCAACAUUGAGAUUCCAUUCAAGGCUCCCAGAGAACUCGAAUCCAUCAUGAAAAUGGCAAUGCAAGCUGUAGAGUUUGAUGACGAAGUGCCUGCAUUUAACAUCGAUCAUUCCAAAGUUGAACAAAUGAGAGCAGAGGUUGACGAGUCCAAAGAAGACCAAGAGGAAUCAAAGCAAGAAGAGGAAGACAUAGAAGAGACUAUCGACACAGGUGAAGAUUAUGAAGAAAUUCUGGAUUAUGCCAUUCGACCAAUCAGAGAAGCUUAUCAGAGCAACAAAGAUCAUGCUGAUGCUUUGAAGACCAUACUCACUGCUCCUCAAGAGUUCGAGAAGGAUGAUGACCAGAACUACCAUGUUGACUUUAUUUAUGCACUGGCCAACUGCAGAGCUACGAACUACAGCCUCGAUCAUAUGGACUGGCUGACUACCAAGCUGAAGGCAGGAAGAAUCAUCCCAGCUUUGGCAACCACGACAGCUGCUAUUGCAGGACUUCAGACUCUGGAAAUAGUCAAGAUUCUUAAGCAAUGCAAGCUCGAAGAUAUGAGGAAUAACAAUCUCAACCUCGCCGUUCCUUCUUUGAUGGCAUUCGAGCCAGGACCACCUGAAAAAGUGAAGAUCAAGGAAGGCCUAGAACUAAAUAUCUGGGAUACCUGGAAAGUGCAUUUGCCGAAGAAAGCCAACCUCAAGGCUCUGAUCAAGAAGUUGCUGAAAAAGUAUGGAUUGAAUGCAAUGGAUAUUAUUGUCAACGGACUUCCAGUUUAUAUUCAUGCAUUGGACAGUAAGGUUCCCUCUGGUAAAACAGAAAAGCCCUUCCACGAUCUAUUUAACCUUUCUGAAGGUCAGACUGAACUCGAAGUAACUGUGACUUUCAGUGAUCCAGACGAUAAGGAGGGCAAGAUUCUUAACGGAACACCUCCAGUGGUGAUAAUUUUCAAGGAAUAA